AUGGCAUCAUCAGGAACAAGAAUUCAAGUACUCCCUCCAGAUGUUGCUGCCAAGAUCAAAUCCUCCACCUCGAUCACUCAUCUGAACGGAGUCAUUUUGGAAUUGGUUAAAAAUGCACUGGAUGCAAAUGCCAGCACGGUCCACAUCUCAGUGGACUUCAAGCGCGGAGGGUGUAUUAUCGAAGAUGACGGCGAUGGAAUUCGUUCCGUCGAAUUCGAGUCAACCGGGGGGCUCGGGAAGGCACACCACACUUCUCAGUUCCAGAAGACUGGCAAAUAUGGCCAUCGGGGGCUUUUUCUAUCCGCUCUUAGUGCAUUGUCCUUGCUUACCGUGACAUCUUGUCAUAUCCACCAGCAGACUACAAACUCUGUCAUAUUUCAUCGUUCAACGCCCUUGGCGCGUUUGAUUCCCGCACCUGCGCACCAAAAUCUUCGUUUUAGUGGACAUGGCACAUGUGUGACGGUAAAUGACCUUUUUGGCAACAUGCCGGUGCGCGUCAAGCGUCGAGCCCUUGUCCUUGAACGACCAGAUGAGUUAGAUCGAGAAUGGGAUAACCUGAGAUACUCGCUGGCUUCUCUUAUGCUGGCAAACCCUCUGCUCUCGAAGUUAAUUCUUUCUGAUGCAGAACGAGCUAAAAGAGUCUCGAUUCGUCUGAACAGAUAUAUACAGGAUGGACAUGCCGAUUUCGGCAACACAAUCGAUCUAAGUCGCAUUGGAUCAAUUCUCGCGCAAUCGGGAAUGAUAAAUUCCAGAAACAUGGAUUCAUGGCAUGUCAUAUCGGCCAAGGUUCCCGAUCUCACAAUCUGUGCCGCAAUAUCCAUUGUGCCCAGUCCUUCGAAAAGGCUCCAGUUCAUUUCUCUGGGCAAUGAUCCGGUCCUCUCAAAUGGUGCAAAUCUUCUCUACAGCGAGAUAAAUCGUUUAAUAUCUCUAUCCGAUUUUGGAAGCUCUGGAAACAUAUCUCGCAGCACCACUGCGACGUGCCCAUCCCCUGUCCUGGGCAACUCUGAAGCCCCAAGCAGUAUCAGUGGCAAAACCUGGGCAAAGCCAGUCAAUAAGUGGCCAAUGUUUUAUAUACGUAUCGACACUAGUGCAAAUCUACCAUUGGGUGAUGAUGGGGACGAGGUCCCCCCGAGCUCAGACAAGUCCUUUCAACGUGUCACUGACCUCCUCGAGGCAAUGAUCUUGGAAUUUCUCAAGCAACAGAACAUGCGACCCCGUAUCACCAAGCGACAAGGGAGAAUAUCAGAUCAAACCCAAGAGGGCCCUUCUGUUGGUCCAAGUCGUGCACGGUCGUCCUCCAAGCAACGAUGUGCGGGAUCAAGCACGAAAGAAGGUUUCAGCGAUAAUCUCAAGCUUCCGUCAUUCCAGCGACCACAGAGGGUCAAUACUUCUCAGAAUUUGAAUAAUUGGACCAGAGUAAAGACUGCAAAAGGACUUGAUACUCAUGCUCUACCCAGCCAAGAUACUUCCAAUCGGCUUCAUGGACAGCUUCUGUCUCUGCCUGAACAUCCUCAAAGCCGCUCAUUGCGAGAGGAAAAUGCUACAGAUAUGUUGCUGAAUGUUUCCCAAAAACGCAGCAAAGAAGCCAGUCCAGAAAGUGAAGAUGAAAUCCAGACGACGGACAGGCUAAUCCCUUGGAUUGAUCAGCGCACCGGGAAAACACAUAUGAUCAAUUCCCGAACGGGUCAGACAGUUGGGUCAACGGUGGCUAGUCGUUUCACAAGACCUACUCUACUAGGAAGCACUAAAGCAAACUCAUCAAGCCCGAAAGUCUGGAUAGAAAACCUACUGAAAGCAUGGGACAACCCUACGUUUACCCGCACGGAAAUGCCUUUACCAAGUUAUGAUCUUGAAGCUGAUUUUUGCAAUCCCGAUGGUUCAUCUCGCAGUUGUCCUCAUGAUAUUGGGACUCUAGAGGCUGCUGGUGUUGCCAAAUUCAGAGGAAAGCUGCAGCGUCAAAGCCUAUCAAGCGCCACCAUCAUCGCACAAGUCGAUCAAAAGUACAUUCUUGCCAAACUUGGCGCAGCACCUUCGCAGAGUGCUGGUAUACAGGAGGCAGUCUUAGUACUGAUCGACCAACAUGCAGCAGAUGAACGUUGCCGAAUCGAACAGUUGUUCGAAGAAAUGUUCAUUCCAACAGAGUCGCCGUAUGAGACUAAAGUUCGCACUGUUGAAAUCAACCCAAUUGUCUUCAAAAUCUCAUCUACUGAAGCUACGCUUUUUCACAAGUAUUCUAGCUUCUUUCAAGACUGGGGGAUUCAUUAUAACAUGGGUGAAACCUCAGCGUCCGAGUUCACUGUCUUGGUUCAUUUAGUACCGGCCCUCAUUGCAGAGAGAUGCCGAUUGGAACCUACUUUGAUUAUUGAGUUGCUUCGCCGCGAGAUUUGGACAAACGAGGAAGUUGGUAGGAAACCACUGGGCCCGGCGAUGGCUUCUGGAGAUAACCACACCGAGAGGUACGGCAUGAUAUUCGACGGGAAUGGAUUUUUUCCCAUGGGAAAGUCUAUGCCGCAUUCUUGGGUACAAAGGAUGAAGGGCUGCCCCACUGGCAUCUUUGAUCUUCUUAACUCCCGUGCAUGUCGCAGUGCCAUCAUGUUCAACGACCCAUUGAGCAUCGAUGAUUGCAGGACAUUGAUUUCGAGGCUGGCUCGAUGUGCAUUCCCAUUUCAGUGCGCCCAUGGACGACCGUCCAUGAUACCCAUUCUCGAUCUUCGUCCACGGCCAGAAUACAAGGCUGACUCUUUUGCUGGAGGCAUGACUGCUGAUUGUGAUGAUUACGAUGACUCAGGCAUGAAUUUUAUAGAGGCGUUCCAAGCGAAAUAUGUCCAUUGA